AUGCAUGCGAUGCCGCUCAUCACCGAUGUUUUGGACCACAUUUGCGAAUUGGUCGACACGGCAUCACUCUCAAUCAUGGCGCGUACCGCUCGGGUACUCCACGAACCGGCCAUCCAUGCGCUUUGGCACGAACUACCUGGACUGAUUCCCCUCCUCCGGUGCUUCCCAGCUGAUUCCUGGACCAUCGAGGGAGACGAAUUCAAGUUUUCCCGCGUCUUGAGACCUAAGGACUGGACCGCCGUCCUCAAAUAUAGCCCGCUGGUGCGACACUUUGUUGCAUCGACGCAUUCAGCCUUCUGCGCCAGGCCUGCGGACGCGGCCGUUUGGGAGACAAUGUGCUGUCUGCGGCCGACGGCGACCCUGUUCCCCCAGCUGCGCUCGUUGCGUUGGGGAGAUAUCCAGCUUCCGGAUAAAUGCCUGCCAUCCUUCCUAGUCUGUAUCGGAUCCGGCCUCACGCGAGUGGAUCUAGGAGGCCUCGCUACCAUUGCGGGGAGCGCGCCCGACGUACUCCAGGCGAUUUUUGACAUCAUGGCGGAGCGGUUCCCGUUGCUCCGUGCGCUUGACGUGGGCCACGUACGCUCCGGAAGCGAGGUACUCACUCGAGAGCUCGGCGGGUCUUUGCCGCCUACGCUGCCAUUCACCCUCACCCCUUUGGUAUCUUUCGCGUCCCUGAAGAUGUCCAUCACCUUGGACGCGCUGCUCAACCUAACGCGGCUGGAGACGCUGCGGGUUAUCGAUGUGCGCCUUCUAGACGAUCCUCAACUACCAUCCGCCGACCAGAGACCAUCCUCAAACACCACUACUCCGAUAUUGUCACAUCUAUCACAGAUCGAUAUACACACCACGUCGCGCGCCUACAUCGGGUUCAGCAAAAUGGUGACACUUCCUCAUAUUACAACUCUCCGCCUACGGCUUUCUCCCUUGGACUCGCAAACCUAUCUCAUACCGGAACUCCUCCAAUCCAUUCGCGAUCAGUGUUCGCUCGAUGUCUUGAAGCACGUCGUUCUUGAGCACUACACGAAUCAUCACGAACGUGUAGGGCCCGUCCUUCCGACUCACCUGCGACCUCUCCUAGACUUCAAGCAACUAGAAGUCGUGAUAGUGGCACUUAGGUGCAGGUAUGCGCUCAACGACGAGAUUUACACGGACAUGGCGAAGGCGUGGCCGCGCCUCGAGCGUCUGUGGGUCGGAUGCUACCCGGUAUGCACUCACGAAAUACUGCCUACUGUGCGUGCACUCCCGCCGUUUGCCACGCAUUGCCCGAAGCUGGAAAUGCUCGGGCUGGUUUUCGACGCUAGGCACUGGGAGGCCAAAGCCGCCUUCGACGCGGACGAUAUGGACGCGGAGAUCGAAUUGUACGGGGCUCUCGCUCAUAAGGCGAGCACGUCGGCUCUGUCGAGGUUCCUUGUCGGAAACUCUCCCAUAGCCGUGCCCGAGUACGUCGCAGCGUUCCUUGACCGGAUAUUCCCAGCCCUGGGCGAGGUCGUCACAGAAAGGGCGGUUCGGGACCAAUGGAUAGCCGUUAAGCGUUUCCUACCCCUGUUCAAACAUGUCAGGAAGGACGAACGACUCCGGCUCGGCGGUGGACUCUCAAGCCAGUAUCAGCUCACCUAUCUCCGUGCCUCCCUGUUCACUAUGCAUGCAACGCAGCUCGUCUCAGAUGUUAUCGAGCAAAUCUGCGAGUGGACCGACCCGGCAUCACUCUCCGUCAUGGCACGAACCGCCGGAGUGCUCCACGAGCCAGCCAUCCAUGCGCUCUGGCGGAGCCUCCCAAGCCUCAUUCCCCUCCUCCAAUGCUUCCCGACGGACUCCUGGACCAUUGAAGGAGACACAUUCAAGUUCACGCGUGUCUUGAGACCCAAGGACUGGACCGCCGCUCUGAAGUACGCCUCCCUCGUACGACACUUUGACGAAGAGAAGAAUCCCCUGCGCUCGCGGCCUGCGGAUGCGGCUGUUUGGGAGUCGAUGUGCUGCCUGCGGCCGACGACAACACUCUUUCCCCAGCUUCGCACGUUGCACUGGAACCUCAUCCAGCUUCCGGACAAGUGCAUUCCAUCCUUUCUCGUCUGCGUAGGACCCAACCCCUUCCGAAUGGUGUUUGAGAGCCUUGAGCACCGUUUGGGGUAUACCACCGACGAAUUCCAGUCGAGCCUGGACAUCAUAGCGGAGCGGUUCCCGGGCCUACGUGAACUCCACGUUGGCUAUUGUCGUGGAGGUCGCGAUCGCACUAGCGAGCCUGUAUUGCUCUUCCCUACAAUCCCACCCAGCUUCCCGUCUUUGGUGUCUUUCGUAUCCCCGAUUUGUCCUAUCACCCCAGCUGCGCUGCUCGGCCUGGUACGGUUGAAGACACUUCGCUCCAUCACUGUGCGUCUCCAAGAUGAUGCGGAGUGGCCUCCAGCUCCUACCACUCACCUAUCUUUGGAUCUACAAAAUGUCGAGUUCAUCUCUUCGCUACGCACUUGCAUCGCGUUUUGCAAGACGACAAUACUUCCUCACGCCACGGCUCUCAGGUUACAGCUCAUUGGUGUCCCGCCAUGGAGCCAUCUCAUCCCAAAUCUCGUUCACGCUAUUCGUAGGCAAUGCUCGCCAGAUGUUUUGAAGACUGUUUCCAUCUAUGAGAUGGACACCACGGACGACGCGCGCGAAGACCUCAUUUUCCCGACUUAUCUACGACCUCUCCUAGACUUCAAGAAGUUGGAAUCCCUCAGAGUGGAAUUGCGAUGCGAAUAUGCGCUCGACGACGAGUUCUGCGCCGAUAUGGCGAAGACUUGGCCGCGUAUCAAGGUCCUUGAAGUCGUGAAUUGGGACACGGAAUGCGUCCACGAUGUUUUUCCCACCGCGCGCGUGCUCCCACUGUUCGCUAUGCAUUGCCCCAAGCUGAAAAGACUCGGGCUGGCCUUCGACGCAAGACGCUGGAAGAACCAAGCGGACUUCGGCGCGGACAGUUCAAACGCGGAGAUAUACGGAGCUCUCGCUGAUCGGGCGAGCACAUCGGUUCUAUCGGUUCUCGGUGUCGGCACUUCCCCAAUAUUCGUGCCCGAGUACGUCGCAGCCUUCCUUGAUCGGGUCUUCCCGAACCUGGUCAGUAUUUGCCCAGGACUCGGAGGAGACAUGGAGACCCAAUGGGAAGCGGUCGAGCGUUUCUUGGGCUUGUUCAAACACGUCAGGAAGAACGAACGGCGACGAAUCUGUCAAGGAGCCAUCCGUGACGGGCGCAGGGGGACUUCCGGAAUUGGGGAGAUGACCGUUCCUCAGUGA